AAACCGAUCGCACAGGGUCGAUCUAAUCUUAUCUCGCCACCCCGAGUCAAAGCGAUCCUCCUCCCGAACAUUGAAACGGGUCUUCGCCUGCCGCAGUAUGCCCUCCGCCGCCCGCACAGACCCUGCUCGCCACCGCCAUGCCCCAGCAGACCGCAGGCCGCAUCCUGAGCAUCCAGUCCCACGUCACCUUCGGGUACGUCGGGGGCAAGGCCGCCGUGUUUCCCCUGCAGUGCCUCGGAUACGAUGUCGACGUCGUCAACACCGUGAACUUCUCGAACCACUCUGGAUAUGGCCGCUUUGGCGGAGCGAGGGCCACGGCGGCUGAGCUCGCGAAGCUGUUUGAGUUGAUGGAACAAAAUGGACUACUGCUCUGCGAGAGACUCUUGACGGGUAGGCACAUGAUCUACUGGUGGAUGUCGCGCUAUGCACACUCGAUCGUAGGGUAUGUCCCCGGUGCGGAGGCCCUGGCAGCCGUCAAGGACCUCGCCAGCAAGAUGAAGCAAAAGAACCCAGAGCUCAUCUACCUACUCGAUCCUGUCCUGGGCGACGCAGGCAGGCUCUACGUCUCGCCGGAAUGCAUACCCAUCUACCGCGAAGCGCUGCAAUACUCUUCCGUCAUCACGCCCAACUGGUUCGAAGUAGAAGUGCUAACGGAUACCCGCAUAACGGACCUCGCCUCCCUCCGCAAAGCCCUGCGCGUCCUGCACGAAGACUAUCACGUCCCCAACGUCGUCAUCAGCUCCAUCCCGCUCAAAGCCUGGCUCCGCGCAGCGCUCCCGCCCGCCGCCCAGCCCACCGACACGGACAGCACCGACGCCGACUUCCUCGCCUGCAUCUCUUCCUCCACCGACGCCGCGUCCACGUCCACGGUGCACGCGCGCUGCGUCCCGUGCCUCCCCGGCUACUUCUCCGGCGUGGGCGACCUCUUCUCCGCCUUAGUCCUCGGCCACUUCCAGCCCGCGCCCUCCGUCCCCUCUUCCGCCAGCGCAGAGGCCGGCGCGGAGCAGGAGACGCCGCUGGCGCACGCGGUCGCACACGCGCUGAGCAAGACGCACGCGCUCCUCACGCUCACACACGAGCACGCGGCGGGCCUGCCAGAGGCGGACAGGCUGCCGACGGACGAGGAGCUGGACGCGCGCGAGCCGGAGAGGAAGGUGCGGCGGAUGAGGGGGCGCGAGCUGAGGCUGAUACAGGGGCAGGACGUCCUCCGCGGGGCGGCGGGGACGGAGUACUUCCGGAUGGUGCCCUGGGGCGGGUUCUGGGACGAGCCAUAGUGAAUGCAUCAUGUAUUUGUUGGGGACUUGGAGUGCGAUGUGGUACGGUGCGUGGAUGUAGACCGGGUAACAUACAAGAAAGGAUAGAUAUACAUUGCUGUGUCCCUUGGUCGACUUUAUAGAAUGCUACUGUCC